ACUAAGACAAUAAGGAUGGAUCCCAACAAGUUAUCGGUACUUGAAGCUCUUGAUUCCGCUAAAACGCAAUGGUAUCAUGCCAAAGCCAUCGUCAUCGCUGGAAUGGGUUUCUUCACCGAUGCUUAUGACCUCUUUUGUAUUUCGACUGUGUCAAAGCUCUUGGGCCGCCUGUACUACGCAGACCGUGACCCCACAGCGCCUGGAAAACUCCCGGUUCACAUCAACAACGCUGUGUUAGGGGUCGCGCUUUGCGGAACCCUAUCAGGACAACUGGUUUUUGGCUGGUUGGGUGACAAGCUUGGCCGAAAGAAGGUGUACGGAAUAACCUUGAUUCUCAUGACAAUUUGUGCCAUCUGCUCCGGGAUUUCCUUUGGUAGCAGCGCGAAAUCAGUGAUUAGCACCCUUUGUUUUUUCCGGUUCUGGCUAGGAUUUGGUAUUGGCGGAGACUACCCUCUCUCCGCCACCAUCAUGUCCGAGUACGCAAACAAGAGUACGCGCGGCGCGUUUAUUGCAGCCGUGUUCGCCAUGCAAGGAAUGGGAAUUAUUUUCGCUGGUUUAGUAUCAAUGAUCGUCUCUCAUUUGUUCCUACAAGCAAAUCCAGCACCGAAGUUUGUAGACAACCAUGUGCUUUCAGUGCAACCUAACGCGGAUUAUGCAUGGCGAAUUGUCCUCAUGCUUGGAGCACUCCCAGCUAUCUUGACAUACUAUUGGCGCCUAAAGAUGCCGGAAACCGGGAGGUACACUGCGGUCAUUGAAGGAAACGCGAAGCAAGCGGCAGCCGAUAUGGGUAGGGUUUUGGACAUUGAGAUCGAGUCGGAGCAAGAGAAACUGGCCACGUUUAAAUCAAACAAUGAUUAUUCCUUGUUGUCUAAGAAGUUCUUUGAGCGACACGGGCUUCACUUGAUUGGAACAUCGACCACCUGGUUCUUGUUGGACAUUGCAUUCUAUAGUCAGAACUUGACACAAAAGGACAUCUUUCCGGUGAUGGGUUUGACAGAUAAGGCCCCGGACGUCAACGCUCUGAAAGAAAUGUUCCAGAUAUCGCGUGCCAUGUUUGUGGUGGCCAUGUUUGGUACGUUUCCGGGGUACUGGUUCACGGUGGCUUUCAUCGAGAAACUCGGUAGGUACAAGAUCCAACUCAUGGGAUUCUUCAUGAUGACUGUUUUCAUGUUUAUAAUCGGGUUCAAGUAUGAAUACCUCGCCACACAAGAACACAAAGUGUUGUUCGGUGUUCUCUAUGGCCUGACCUUCUUCUUCGCGAAUUUCGGCCCGAACAGCACGACUUUCGUUCUCCCGGCUGAGUUGUUCCCGACCAGGGUGAGGUCCACCUGCCAUGCCAUAAGCGCUGCCUCCGGCAAGGCGGGAGCGAUGGUGAGUGCCUUUGGGGUUCAAAGUUACACCGUGAGCAAUAACCCGAAACUGAUCAAGAAAGCGAUGAUCUUCUUGGCCGUGACGAAUUUGUUGGGGUUUUUCUUUACGUUCCUGGUGACUGAGACAAAAGGGCGGUCGUUGGAGGAGAUUUCCGGUGAAGAUGGAGGCAUGGACAAGCCGGAGACACAGAUGACUAGUAAUCGAGAUAUUAGUGAAGUUCAAGAGCCUUGAGGGUAGUCCAAAAUAAUUGCUCGAAUAUGCUGUUGGUGGCGAACAUCAGGAGAAGAAAAUAAUUGUUUGCCAUUUUGGCAUGUAAAAUAAGAUAUAAAUACAAUAAUCAUGAUUUCUCCUUCUUGGUUGGGAUAGCUAUUGUUAGUUGUUACCGUAUCAAGGUGGGAGGGAUUAAAUGAAAACCUAAGCUUCUUUAUCCUUUUUUAUCUCUAAAUUUUUAAGAAAAAAAGUGAAAAAACACACAAAAAAUCACUCCAUCA